UAUUUCGAAUUUUUUUUUCCCAAUUUUGAAAACGUAAAAUUAAUUCCGCAGCAAACAUUUUUGUGUAUUCAACUAUGUCUAGUAACGCUGAACUUACUAUUACUAAAAAUUCAAAUGAGCACAAUUGGAUAGAAGAAGCAAUUUCUAAAAAACUUAUUAAAUAUUAUGAAUUUGACCAAUUUUGUAAUAUUCAAAAAAUUGGUUCUGGAGGCUUUGGAAAAGUUUAUCGUGCAAGUUGGAAAAAUUAUUACAAAAAUUAUGCUCUAAAAUCCUUUUUUAAUUUCGAUGACGCUACAGUUAAAGCAAUUGUUCAUGAGAUUCAACUUCAGCGUGAAGUUGAUUUUCAUGAUAAUGUUAUCAGUUUUUAUGGUAUCACAGCCACAACUUCCAGUAAAGAAAACCAAAGAAAAAAGUAUAUGUUAGUAAUGGAAUACGCCGACAAUGGUACUCUCCGAAAAUAUUUAAAAGAAAAUUUUGAAAAUCUCACUUGGAAUGAUAAAUUUAAUCUUGCAUUCCAAUUGGUUUGUGCAGUAUCAUGUUUGCAUAACGAAGGGAUCAUGCAUCGUGAUUUGCACUCCAAUAAUGUGUUAGUCCAUCAGAAUAAUAUUAAGCUAUCAGAUUUUGGCUUAUCAAAAAGAAUUGAAGAAACAUCCAACUCUCAAUCAAAAACAUUUGGAAUAAUUCCUUAUACUGAUCCAAAAAUUUUUAACAGAAGUACAACAACGUUAUAUGUAUUAAAUAAUAAAAGUGAUGUUUAUAGCAUUGGUGUACUACUAUGGGAGAUAUCUAGUGGUCAGCCUCCUUUUCAUGACAUACCGUAUGAUGUUGGUUUGGCUCUAAGUAUUCUACAAGGCCUCAGAGAGACACCUAUUCCCAAUACGUCUAUAGAUUAUAUAAAAAUUUAUACUGAUUGUUGGAAUAUUGAACCUGAUAAUCGAUCAACUAUCAAUCAAGUAGUUGAUGAAUUAAAAGCAAUUAUGACAAAAGAAAAUAUAAUUAUAAAAGAUUUUCACUUAUAUGAUAAUAACAAGGAUACUCAAUUAUUAAACGAUAAACAGCCAAUUUUAGAUGUUGAAAUUUCUAAAAAUAUUAAUUCAUUACAUGGAGAUUUAUCUCAAGUUAUUCAAAAUUUUAAUAUGAUGAAUACAAAAGAUAUAGAAAUGUCAAUGUCAUCAAAUAACAGUUUUGAAAAUAACUUCAAUAAAAUAGUUAAUGAUAUACUUAAUUUUCUUUAUUAUGAUGGUAAAGAAGUAGAAAAACAGAAAAUCCUUAAUUAUCUUAAUAAUCAUAACAUAACAUUGCAAGAGAUUAACAAUUUAUUAAAAUAAUUUAAAUUCUCUUGUUUUACUUGGAAAAUUUUAUUAUUUAGGAAUUGGAUUCAAUGUUGAUAAUAAAAAGGCAUUUGAAUUAUAUCAA